CCUCAUUCUGCUGAGAAAGCCUGAGAAAAGAAAGAGAGAAAGAAGAGAGAGAAAACAGCUAGCUGAAGAGAGAGAGAGAUGACGAAGGACGUUGUAGAAGCGGAAGCUCAGCACGGGAAGGACUACUCGGACCCACCACCGGCCCCACUCAUCGACUCCGCCGAGCUCAAGCUCUGGUCGUUCUACCGAGCCCUAAUCGCUGAGUUCAUUGCCACCCUCCUUUUCCUCUAUGUCACCAUCGCCACCGUCAUCGGCCACAAGAAGCAGCCCGGCCAAUGCGACGGCGUCGGCCUCCUCGGCAUCGCUUGGUCCUUCGGUGGCAUGAUUUUCAUCCUUGUUUACUGCACUGCUGGCAUAUCUGGUGGGCAUAUUAACCCGGCCGUUACGUUUGGGCUGUUCCUGGCGCGCAAGGUCUCAUUGCUGCGGGCCAUUUUCUACAUGGUGGCCCAGUGCCUAGGUGCCAUCUGUGGGGUCGGCCUCGUGAAGGCCUUCAUGAAGCAUCCGUACAACUCCUUGGGUGGUGGGGCCAACGAGGUGGCCCCUGGCUACUCCAAAGGGACCGCCUUGGGGGCUGAGAUCAUUGGCACCUUCGUCCUCGUCUACACCGUCUUCUCCGCCACCGACCCCAAAAGGAGCGCUCGGGACUCUCACGUGCCCGUUUUGGCACCGUUGCCUAUCGGGUUCGCGGUCUUUAUGGUCCAUCUGGCCACUAUUCCUAUAACGGGAACGGGCAUCAAUCCGGCGAGGAGUUUCGGAGCUGCUGUGAUUUACAACAACGACAAGGCCUGGGAUGACCAUUGGAUUUUCUGGGUGGGGCCUUUUGUUGGAGCGCUGGCAGCUGCUGCAUACCACCAAUACAUCUUGAGGGCUGCGGCCAUUAAAGCUUUGGGGUCUUUCCGCAGCAACACCAACAACUGAGUUUCGCUUCGUCAUCGUUUGGCUCUUCUUUUCAUCUGUUUGUGUAUGUGUGAGAGUGCAGAGAGAAGAUAGAAGGAGAGCUUUCUCUCUUCUUUUUCUUUUUCUUUUUCUUUUUCUUUUUUUGGGUUGUUGGUGGUGGGUGGUUGCUUGUAUUUUUGGUUGAUUUCAGUGGGAGUGUUUUUAGCUUUCUUUAUGUAUUUCUUUGCUUGUACAAUGGAUUAUGGAUUCUUUGCUGCAA